AUGCAGUUAGAUGGAGAAAUAGUCGUGAUUGAAAGAAACACAAAUGAAGAAGAUUUGACUCUUGACGACAUUCGGGAGCCUCCAAACCUUCAAAGGAGCACCCUUCUUUCUGGAGAUAAACUAUGGACAUCCCCAGUUCCAUAUGUCUUGGAUAAAGGCCUGGACUUGAAUGCUAAAGGAGUCAUCAUGAGAGCCUUUGAACAGUUCAGACUGAAGUCAUGCAUUGAUUUCAAACCGAGGGAUUCUGAGGAAUAUUACAUUAACAUCCAGAAGUCAGACGGUUGCUGGUCAUACAUUGGUCGAAUAUUCUCCAAUGGUCAGAAUCUCUCUAUUGGUGCAGGCUGUGACAAAAUUGGGACUGUUGAACAUGAGCUUCUUCAUGCUCUUGGUUUCUACCAUGAACAGUCUAGAUAUGACAGAGAUGAUUAUGUACGGAUUGAAUUAGCCAACAUCCAACCAGGUAAAGAGAAUAAUUUUGACAAGUAUAGCAGUAGUGUGAGCACUACACAUGGAGUCCCAUAUGACUACAUGUCGGUGAUGCACUAUGGCAAAAAUGCAUUCUCAAAUGGCAAUGGCGCUACAAUUAUCACCAUCAACCCCAAAUUCCAAGAUGUGAUUGGUCAAAGGCUGGAAAUGAGUCCUAGUGAUGCUCUAGAGCUGAACCUUCGCUACAACUGCAAGUCAACUGUUGCCUUUAAUUCUUACUGUGGCUUUUCGAAUGGAUCGAUGUGCCAAAUGAGCCGCUGCUCACAGGGUGGAAUUAGCUGGGAAGUUGUUACUCAAGUUCAUGGGGGCCCCAGUUCUGACCAUACCAGUCUGCCAAGUGGAAAUGGAGACAACGGUAAUGAAACUGGGUACUUCAUCCAUGUGAGCACAACAUCAGGACAAGAGGGAGAUUCAACUCUACUGGAAACCAAGAUAGUGAAACCUACCAGGGCAUGUAAUGUCCAGUGUCUGCAGUUCUACUAUUUCCACAGUGGAAAUAAGUUAGAUGAACUUAAUAUCUGGAUCAGAGAGUUUCAAAAUGAGCAGGACAUCACAGGAACUCUUCGCCUAAUGGGACAAAUUAUUGGUUCACCAACAUCUCACUGGAAGUUCCACCACGUUUCCUUGAAUGCCACCAAGGACUUCCAGGUUGUGUUUGAGGUUCGGAAAGGAGCAGGAAACUCCACAGGAGGUUUCUCAAUUGAUGACAUCAAUCUCUCAGAGACAGAGUGUCCACACUUUGCUUGGCAGAUUGAUGACUUGGAGAUUCUUUUAAACACAAACAGCUAUGGAGCCAGUAUGACCAGCCCACGACAAUUCUCCAAAGACGGCUAUGCAUACCGUCUAGUUGCUAAACUUUACAAAACAUAUGUUUCAAUGUACAUGCAGCUCUUGUCUAGUAAGAAUGAUGACCAGCUGCAAUAUCCUUGUCUGCAAAGACAUAUGAUUUUCCAGUUGAUGGAUCAAACCGUGAACAAGCAACUGCAAAUGUCCAAGCAAUAUAGUUUUGUUUCUGAUGAAAAGGACGUAUUUUCUGGUUUCUCUGUCUGGGAGAAUCCCAGGAAGACUAAAUAUGGAUCAUUUAAUGAGAAUGGAGAAAUAAUCUAUUAUGGGCUUCUCUGGGAUUACAACAAUAUUGUAACAUUAGAAGAAUUGCAAUCCAGAGAGUUCCUCAAGGGAGGAAGUGCCAUUUUCAUGUUCAACUUUGAAGAUCUCACCCCACUAAUCAAUGGAACAACUUUACCAUGUCCUCAGUUAAAACCAGUGAGGAUAACAAAUCCUCCACCAAAUCAGAAUGAAAGUCCAUGCUCUGCACGAGUAUCCCCAAGCAUCAACCCACCUUCUACAUCACCAGAAGACAGGACUUUAUCUACUGUCCAUCCGCCUCCCACUACAGACAACAGGACUACAACUACCAUCCAUCCACUUCCAACUACAGACAGGACUUCAUCUACCAUCCAUCCACCUCCCGUUACAGACAAAAUCUCAUCCACCAUCGUUCCACCACUUGAUACAACAACAGAUGACAGGACUUCAUCUACCAUCCAUCCACCUCCCAUUACAGAUAAAAGGCCUUCAUCUACCAUCCAUCCACCUCCCACUACAGACAACAGAAUCUCAUCCACCAUCGUUCCACCACUUGAUACAACAACAGAUGACAGGACUUCAUCUACCAUCCAUCCACCUCCCAUUACAGAUAAAAGGCCUUCAUCUACCAUCCAUCCACCUCCCACUACAGACAACAGAAUCUCACCCACCACCAUUCCAAGACCUGAUACAACAACAGCUGAAAGAAUCCCAUCCACCAACGUUCCACCACCGGAUUCGACGACAGACAACAGAAUCUCAACCACGGCGACUCCACCACCUACUACGACAGAUGACAGGUAUUCCCAGAUUUAAUGACCAUUUCAUUUCUCAAAGCCUUAAAGAUGGUGCCUGUGAUGGAUCAUUCAUAUUUGUCCAUUUCUCUGUAAAGUAUUAUUGCUUUCAUUUUGGAUGACAAAAUGACAAAAUUG